UACAGGGGUAUAAAUAAUAGAAUACACAUUAAUAUUUAAGAGCUUCUUCUAAGAUUGGCUUUUGGCGUCAUGAAGGAAUUUGUUGGUAAAAUUUGAAACAAAUGACUGCAUUACUCUUAGAAGCGUAAUCUAAUCUGCUAUUAUUUUACUGUUUGAUUAAAAUGAGCUAAAAUAAGACAUUUUGGUUCACAUCAGGCAGCAAUGUUUAAUGCAUGUUAUCAAUCGGAUUAACCCACGUUGAACCUCUACUUUCCAGUUCUCCUGUUACUCCUGUGAGAGACUCGAGAGACAGCCUGGCUAUGGGGCUCCUCUCUGACCCAAACCGCCGACAGGCUCUGUCCCGGAUUGUCACCAGGCUGAACACUCCUCUUUGUAUCAUCAGCUAUCUGAUUGGCAUAGGCUGGUUCCUAGGCCUGGCGUUUCAUCCCUUCACGCUGCGCUCUUAUAUAUCCGAGAACUCAAUGGGGUCCACCAUGGUGGAGGAGCAGUUUGUUUCGGGAGAAAGGGCUCUUUCGUACGCCCGAGAGUUUGCGGCACACAAGAAGGCAGCUGGGGGCUCUCCGGUGGCCUGGCUGGAGAGGACCAUGCGAAGCCUGGGCUUGGAGGUUUACACGCAGACCUUUGUCCGCACGCUGCCCUUCCCAGACGAAGCCACAGAAAGAUAUAUGGUGAAAGGUACAAAUGUCUAUGGGAUCCUGAGAGCCCCCCGCACAGCCAGCACCGAGUCAUUGGUCCUGAGCGUCCCCUGCAGUGAGGGUCAGAACAACCAUCAGGCUGCGGGGCUCCUUCUGGCUCUGGCCUCCUAUUUCCGAGGGCAGAUCUACUGGGCAAAGGACAUCAUUUUCCUGGUGAACGAGCACGACCUGAUUGGGAUGGAGGCCUGGCUGGAGGGCUAUCAUGACGUGAACGUGACAGAGAUAAAGUCCUCGGUGAUGAUGGGGCGAGCUGGCGCCAUCCAAGCUGCCGUUUCCCUCGAGCUGAACAGUGAUGUCAUCACCAGCUUCGAUGUGGUGGUGGAGGGACUAAACGGGCAACUUCCCAACCUGGAUAUGGUGAAUCUGUUCAACGCCUUCUGUAUGAAGAACGCCCUCCUCUGCACCAUCCAGGGCAAGCUGCAACGCAACGACUACGACACUUUCCCGGGCUAUGUUCACAACUUGCAGACCAUGCUGCUUAUGGUUCUCAAGCAGGGCUCUGGACGGCCGCAGGGGGACCACGGGCUCUUUCUGAGAUACCACAUAGAGGCCAUCACCCUGCGCGGCAUCAACAGCUUCCGCCAGUACAAGUACGACAUGAGUACGGUGGGAAAGACUCUCGAAGGGAUGUUCCGCAAACUAAAUAACCUCUCGGAGCGCUUACACCAGUCUUACUUCUUCUACCUCCUCCCGUCCCUGUCUCGUUUUGUGUCCAUUGGAAUCUACAUGCCGGCCAUCGGCUUCAUCAUCCUCAUUCUGAUUUUACGAUCCCUGGAUCUGUGGAUUAAACUGAGCCGAUCCGAAGGAGCGACGGAAGACGGCGCAGCGGACGGAGCAGAGCAGGACUCAAGACCUGGAUUCCUGACUCUGGCUACCCCGAUCGUGAUCUGCCACGCCACGGGUCUCAGCCUUUACUACCUCCCUACGCUGAGCCAGGACAUGGCGACCGACCACUUUCCCGUCUCCGAGUCGGAGGCUGUUGUUCUCAUCGCUAUUGCUAUAUAUGUGGCUGGUCUGGCCCUGCCGCACAACACGCACAGGGCUCUGACGGGAGCCGGAUCGAAUCAAGGCUGGAUGACCCUGAAAUUAAUCUCUCUCCUGUACUUGGCCAUUCAGCUGGGCUGCAUUGCUGUGAUAAAUUUCUCCCUGGGUUUUAUUCUGGCUGUGACGAUUGUCCCCGUGGCAGCCGUAGUCCAACCCGGUGGACCCAAGUUUCUACAUGCGAUUCUUCUCGUCCUGGUCACUCCAGCCACCAUCCUGCUGGGAAGUAUCUUCCUGUACCGGGAGCUCAUAGAGUACCCCGUCACCUUGCUAGAGUGCUGGCAGCUUUUCCUCCAGGCCAUCGCAGGGGGCAUGCUGGACCACUACCUCUACGGUUCCUUGCUCUUUCCGUUCAUUGCAUUCUUCACCUAUCCUUGCUGGUUGCAACUCUGGAACGUUGUCUUCUGGAAAUAAAAACAGACUGCCUAUUGUGUUCACGAAACCCCCUUCCUUUCUCAGCAUGGGCUGGAAAAACCAUGACUGAGAAGACCUCUUCGGGAUAGGCCCGGUCCAAAAGGUGUUUCUGUGAAACGGUGUGAAGAACCAACAUCCAGAUGUUAGGAGGAGGAGGAAUGGAUUUAGGGGGAGACACAAAGUAUCAAUCCAGACAUAAACAUGGACUUUGAACCAAUUGUCAGCCAGGGGUCGACUGCAUGAGAUUUUUUUUUCUUUAAUGUAUAUUUUUUUGGGUGGUCUUAACUUAGUGUGCUUGAGAGAGAUCUUGUGUGGGACCUCUGUAACGAGAUGUGGAGAGGACGGUGUUAUGCAUGAUCUGAGUUAAGAAAUUCCACGGAUUAAAUUAUUUAUCGGGCUGUUGUAACAAAAAAAAAAACACUUAUGGUUGCCAUGGUAAUAUUUGGUUAUGAAAUAAAUAUUUUUUUCUUAUAUAA